AUGUCAGACGACGCCUGCGUCCCAGAGCCGUCCGAGGCGCUGAAGGAGCAGGUCAACGACCAGAUCGAGUGCGCCAAGCAGCCCGCCUUCUUGCACUCUCCGCCCGAUAGCAACGAUGCCGGCAAGUCGGAGUCGAGCGACUCGGAGCUGAGCGACCUCGAGGACGAGCCGCCGCUGGAGGAUGCGCCGAUGCUCCCCCCGGAUCUCGGCGCUGAGGACCUGGACGACAUUGGCGACAUCCAGCCAGACCAUUGGUCCUCUGGCAAUGUGCCCGUCUUCAAGCCGACCAUGGAUCAGUUCAAGGAUUUCAAGCGUUUCAUGACAAAAGUCGACAGCUAUGGAAUGAAGUCGGGCAUUAUCAAGGUGAUCCCGCCAGAUGAGUGGAGGGAUGCGCAGCCCCCCCUUGACGAUCUCGUAAAGCAAGUCCGAGUCCGCGAACCAAUCAAGCAGGACAUCAUGGGGUCCAACGGCACAUACCGCCAAGUCAACAUCCUCCAUGGACGAUCCUACAACAUACCGCAAUGGAGGCAGCUGUGCGAACAGAGCGAGCAUCAGCCUCCCGCCAGGCGUGGAGAGCGACGUGCGAAUGCAGACAAGCCUAGGCCCACGCGAGCUCGCCCUGCUCCCAAGGGCGCGAAUGCUGCUACUACUACUGAUGCCGCCACCACCACCAGCUCUCAGAGGACUCGGGGGAGAGGGCGACCACCCAAGAAGGGAAAGCAAAAGAAGAGUGAAGAGAGUCGCCCCAUGACUCCCGUCUCGCCAAAAGUUGAGGCUGAAGGCGAAGGCGAAGGCGAAGGCGCAGAAGACGAGGUUAUGGACUCUAUCGAAAAGGAGCUAGGCACCGAGAUUCAAUCAACCUCAGCGCGCCGGAAAUUCAGUCGUCGAGAAGCCUCUGCAGUCAUCGAUGAGGCCGCCUUUAAAGAUUUCGACUAUCGCAUGGACAUCUCCGACUACACGCCUGAGCGCUGCGAAGAACUAGAGAGAGUAUAUUGGAAAACCCUGACAUAUGCUCAACCACUAUACGGCGCCGAUCUGAUGGGCACGCUCUUUGAUGAAAGGACCGAGAAUUGGAAUCUGAACAAGUUGCCCAACCUCCUGGACGUUCUCGGUACAAAAGUCCCCGGUGUCAAUACGGCAUACCUCUAUCUUGGCAUGUGGAAAGCGACGUUUGCGUGGCAUCUCGAGGAUGUCGAUCUUUACAGCAUCAACUAUCUUCACUUUGGCGCUCCCAAACAAUGGUACAGCAUUUCUCAGGCCGAUGCUCGACGAUUUGAGACAGCCAUGAAGAGUAUUUGGCCCGCUGAUGCCAAAGCCUGCGAUCAGUUCCUCAGACACAAGGCCUUUCUUAUCUCGCCCCAACAUUUGAAGCAGCAUUAUGGUAUCAAAGUCAAUAAAGUCGUCUCGUAUCCCGGUGAAUUUGUCGUCACAUACCCCUAUGGAUAUCACUCCGGCUAUAACUUGGGGUACAACUGCGCCGAGGCAGUCAACUUUGCUCUCGAUUCCUGGCUUGAGAUGGGCAAGAUUGCCAAGAAGUGCGAAUGUGCUCAGGCCCAAGACAGCGUAUGGGUCAACGUCUAUGAGAUUGAACGUAAACUGCGCGGCGAGGAGACUGAGUACGAAGAGACAGAGGAGGAGGACGAUGACGACGAUGACGACGACGAUGACGAGCUCUUAGGGCUUCCCACUCCUCCUGGUGGCCAUGGGGUGAAAUUCAAGGACGCAAGCCGCAAGAGAAAGCGCGGUCGGGCUGACAAAGGUGCUAAGGUCAAGGUCAAGAAGAUCCGACUACGGCUCAAAGUCAAGGCUGAGCCGCCCUGUUGCCUGUGCCCCAAUGAUGUACCGAACCUCGAGUUUCUACCAACCGAUGACGGUAGAAAGGCCCAUCGUCUCUGCGCCCUCUACAUUCCAGAGACAUACAUUGACACAGUGGAUGGCAAAGAGAUUAUCUCCAACGUCACUGCAGUGCACAAGGAUCGUCUGGAUCUCAAAUGCCUGUUUUGUCGAUCGAAGCGUGGGGCGUGCUUCCAGUCUGCCGGAGUGUUUACGGAGGAGCAAGAGGUGCCCGUCUUUGGCGAAGAUGGGACAGAGUAUAAAGAACAAGCCUUUGAGUUUAGCUGCCGCUUCCACCGCACCAAGCGUGAUAAGAAGCUGGAUGGCGAUGCCCUGGAAGAGGACUCUCGCAUUCUCAAGGCCGCUGAAGCCCUCCAAAAGGGAGACAUUUGUCAGAUGCAGUAUCACAAAGGCGAAAUCUUUGCCGGAAUGGUGGUGGAAAAUCGGCCAGACGAGCGAAUGCUCCUCGUUGACCUUCUUCCCAACGGUGACCGGCUGGAGGUUGAGUGGAAAUGGCUGCUACUUCCGGAUCCAUCCGACUACCACCUACCCAAGGCGUCCGCAAAUGCCAUCCCGCUGCCAUCUUCACAAAAGGCAAAGGAUAAGCUGAAUGCCAAGCGCCAUCAAGGGGAUGACAAGCCACGAAAGGGCGAUCCGUUUAUCGAGGGAGACUAUACUUGGGCAGAAUUCCACACCAGCGAGGUCACCACUCAGCAGGCCAAGGUCGAUUUCAGCAAGCAAGACCAGGUCUGGUAUUAUCUCGGAAAGACUUCGACCGAGGCGAGGGCUCAGUAUACCGAAGAUCCGUCAAACCCACGGCACAACGCCAAGGGCAAUUUCCUGGAUACACUUCCGAAACCCCCCAAGCCUGUACCCGCGCGACCUGUAUAUCAGCAGAGAGCCUAUGGAGUUCCUGGUCAGUUCGCUCAUACGGGUGUUUUUGCGGGCCACAUGAUGACACCCACGAACGCUACGGGCUCAGAAAGGCCAUACGUCUAUCAACCAAGAACCCCCAUCGGCUACACCCACCAACCUCCCGGGACCUAUUCAUUCCAAGGGGCGAACGCUCCUCCUCAUCCCCAGACUCAUCCCCAGACUCAUUCUCAUCAUCCUCCCGCUCACAAUCAGUAUCAAACAACUCACCGUCAGUAUCAACCGUUUCACCAGUAUCAACCAUAUCCAGCACAACGGUUUGACCACAUGGCUGGGGCAAACGCAGACCCUCGAGUUCAAGCAUUCCCGCCACCCCUACCACCGCAGCCGCAGCCGCAGCAGCAGCAGCAGCCACAAUCUUCUUUCCCAGCGUCAUUGACGGCAAGGGCUUCGGCAACUCCCGCAAAUCAUAGGGCUGCUCCAACUACCCAUGGCCAGCAGCAAUAUGGCAAGCCCACUUGGCAAGUUCAUUCAUCGGUCUAUCAAAAGUACCCCUUUUUCCAAGUCAAUCACAAUAGGGAACCAUCCAAAUACCGAACCCCUUAUUCGCCCUGGGGUGGAUUCACCAACGGAUACGAAGGCGAUUUGAGAGCACACUUGCUAGCAAAUCAAAACGAUCUUCUCCGACGGGCAUCCUUGACUGCAAUGUCUCCAGUGAGCACUCCAGGACCAUACCACGCCUCGCCUUCUGUGCCUGCACCACACAACGGCCCAGCUGUUCCCGUAGCACAGCAGACAGCGACGUCGGCGCAGCAUACUGCUUCCACGCUCCCUGCACCGAUAUUAGGAACUGCAAGCCACCAAUACCAUCCGGCGAUCAAAGCGCAGUAUAGGAAUCUGAUCCAGCCGCCCAGCAAGCCCAAGCCAACCCCGGUCUCCAAGUCGUACAAGGUUCCGUCCAAACAAUCUCCAGUGCCUUUGCCAGCAAACUUCUUGGCUGCCAUGACUCCCUCUGCCGGUACUCCUGCGCCCUCCUCCGCUAAGCAUUCACCUCUUCAGCCGGGAAGUCCCCAGGGCGCCUAUCCCAGCACAAAAGCAGCUGUGGCAUCCUCCCCAUCACCUCCGCAAGAGUCAACAAGCCCUGGAAGUUCAACACCAAAAGCAGUGCAACCGCCUCAGAGAAUAUCCACAACUCCAGUACCGCUCCCCAAAUUUUCAAUGUCAUUCCAAGGAACUUCAUCCAGUCCUACCAAAACCGCAAUGCAUCAUCAGCCCGAAGGAUUCCCAGACGUUCCAGGCUGCGAAUCUAUGGAGUUUGUCGAGCGGAUGAUGGAAAAUUUGAGAAAAGCGUCCCAGCGACGGCCUUCAAACUGA